AUGGCUUCUUCUUUGUCUGCCAACUCCCAUCACGCUCAAGCACCAGUUUGUGGUUGCAAUAGAAGCAUGAAAAUGUUUAUGUCAAACUCUGUUGAAAAUCCUAAAAGAAGAUUUUGGAAGUGUCAAAAUUCAAGGUUAAUAAUGUCUGGUUGCAAUUUGGUCAUUUGGGACGAUGACCUUGAACGAAAUCCAGCUAGUGAUCUUAGAAGUUCAAGUGGUUGCAACUGCUCGAAAAUGUUGAAGGAUUUAGGGUCCAUUGUUAAGGAGAUUGAUAUUGGAGAAAAGGCAAAGAUGAAGACUAAGUUGGAGAAGGAUAAGAGAAAAGCGACUCUCUUGAAGCUAUUGUUGGUUAUGUCAUGGGGUUCUUAUUUUCUUAUCACAAAUGGUGGUGAAUCCCAUUUGCUUAUGUCUAUUUUCUGUUUUUUGUUUUUAGUCUUUGUAACAUUAAUGUAUUUUGAGAUUGGUCAUUGUACCAUAUGA